UCAAUGAGUGACGUCAUGGGGACGUGCCCCGUGAGGAAGGCCCCACGAUGUGACUGUAAACAGAUAUUUCCCCCCGCCCAUUUGCAGUCCGUCUCUUUCCUCUCUCCAGCAGCAGCAGCUCGCUGCCAGAGCCAUGAAGCCGGACCUUUGAGCGACAUGAACGGGGCUCAGCUCAGUGAACUCCCGGACGACUCGGAGCCGCUGCGGCCGUAUGUGAGCGGCUUAAGGCGGAGCGCGCUGCGGGCCCGCGAGCUGUCCGCUGUCAGGACUUUCUCCGCUCCGUUUCUCAUCAAGUUUCUGCGGGCCAGAGACUUCGACGAGGAGCUCUCUCUGAAGCUCUUACUGAACUACCAGCGGUGGCGGAGGGAGAGUCCUGAGAUUAGCACCUGCCUGUCUCCCUCCUCGGUGAUUGGCCUCCUCAACACCACGUACCAUGCCGUCCUUCCGCAGCGGGACCACACUGGCAGCAGGGUGCUCAUCUACAGAAUUGGGCAGUGGAACCCAAAACACUGGACGGCCUUCCAGGUGUUCAGAGUCAGCCUGAUAACAUCAGAGAUCAUCUCCACUGAGACGGAGACGCAGAGGCGGGGUCUAAAGGUCAUAUUUGACCUGCAGGGAUGGAGUUUAGGCCACGCCCUGCAGAUUAACCCUUCCCUUGCCAGAAAGAUAUCCUCUGUACUUUCGGACUCCUUUCCACUGAAAGUUAGAGGAAUCCAUCUGGUUAACGAGCCAAUGUUCUUCCGGCCAGUCUUCGCCAUGAUUCGUCUCUUCCUGCCAGAUAAGAUCAAGCAGAGGAUCCAUAUGCAUGGUGCUGAUUUCCACGACACUUUAAGCGACUUCUUCUCACCGCCCGUCUUACCUCCAGAAUAUGGAGGGGAGGGGCCUAGCAUAGAGGGGGCCUGUCAGGGCUGGACCAAUCAGCUGCUUCAGUCAGAGAAGCUCCUGCAGCAGAUUGCCACUCACCCAACAGGUGACAUCACUAUUACUCCUGAAGACGCCUUGAUUUCAGAAGAAGGGGAGACUGAACCACUCUUCGAGGGAUAAUGUCUAGAAUGUUGGCCCUUCAGAUCACACAUACACACUGCUGUAUUCAAUUUGUAUUUAGUUUUUUUACAACAUAACAUGCAUUUCAGUUACUUUCUUUGUGCAUUUUUCAGCUCUAUGGUCUUGGUACACAUGAUAUUCAGAUACAGUGUACAACACACAGAAAGAACAACACAUCAAAUGGUGCUCACUAAAAGAAAAAUAAGGAUAAUAAUCAUGAAUAGAUGAUAUACAUAAAUGAUUAAAUAAAAAUAAUGAAUUAAAUAAAAAUAAGAGAUGAAUAACUAAUACUUGUUCACUCCUGAGUGUAGUCGUGUGUGUGUGUGUGUGUGUGUGUGUGUGUGUGUGUGUGUGUGUGUGUGUGUGUGUGUGUGUGACAGGACCCCAUUGUUUAGUACACUGCUAUAUUUUGACUUUGGUUUUAAAACAACCAAACACUCUCUGGCAGCCAUUUUUGUGGCCUUAACUCGUAAAUACUCACGGUGCAAGAUGUUGGCUGCAUCGAGUGAGCUUUCUCUGUUCACUGUCUUCCUGGUUACACUGCUUAUUGAAAUUUGACAAAAGGGAGACAUUUAUUAUCGUCAAAGUCUAAUUGAAAUACACAUAUUUGCUUUCUUUCCAAGAGUGACAUGAAGAAAUAUAUGUCAAUUUCAUGUCCGUGCUUUAAGGUUUGACUGAAGCAGGAUGUCGUUAGCUGAACUUAGGUUGAAGACUGGAAAUAGGAGAAAACUGCUAACUUGGCUCUGUAUGUCAAAAAGAAAAAGAAAAAAACAGAUUGUAAGUGUACUAAUUAUGUUGUAGCGUUAUUUGUAAAGAAACAGUUGCAACAUGCAACUCCCCCUAAAACAACAAAUUGUUGUUUUUACAUUUUCUUUUAACUUCCAUUUUCUACCUUGGAAAGAGCCACGCUACUGGCUUCACUCUCGUUUUUUUAUUACGAAGCUGAUUCCAGCUCUGAAUUUAAAGCACAAAUAUGGAAGUGAUGUCCGUCUACUUAUAAAGCAUGUAUUUCCCACAAUACAACAUUCUUAAUGUAAUUUAUACCUUUUUAAUGCAUGUAUUUAAAUUAGACUAGUUGGUUCAGCUUAAUUUAGCCAACUGAGACUAAAAGUAAGGGUUCAUAUCCACUUGCAAAGACACCUUUUAGUUGUUUUAUAGGUAGACAUUAAUACCCAACAGCCAUUUGUCCAGUGGACCUCAGUGAUGGAAUGUUAGGAGGAGAUUUGUAUAGCAGCUGAAGGGUACAACCUUUAACCAGAGGACCAAGAAACAAACCAUCAUCUUGCUGUAAAAUCCUGUGAACUCAAUCUCAGCACCACUGUGAGAGUGUGAUGCUUUGCAGAAAUACCUGCAAGCCAAAUGGUUUCCACAACAGUGUGCUUUCAUGUCACCAUGAACCCUGACUUCCCUCCAACUCAUCACUCCAUCCAUUCAGCUUAUCAGCCAGCCAAACCAAUCCAUCCAGUACUCUUUGUUAAAGUGUAACUUUCAGAUAAAACCAUGGGGCUGAGAGAUUAAACCACGCCCACUUCUGUAUGACUAAGCUUUAUGCAGUGUCAACAAAUAUGACAGCUACAGUAGCUCGGAAAAUAGCAAUAUGGGGUGCUGAAUUUGAUGAAUUGACUGUUAGUAUGUGGUCUAGCAGCGGGGAGCAGGGACCCAGGGCUGCCGCCGGCCACCAACAUGCUGUUAACACUCAUUUUCUGUCACCAGUGAAUCAUGAAAAUAUGGUGCAAUUAGCGGGCUAACAUUAGCUAGCUAACUAGCCAGCCUUUGACCAAUGUUCUUGCACAGAUCCCAUACCCAGGUGUUGUAAAAAAAUAAAUAAUUAUUUGUAUUAAUUUAUGCAAAACCUACAAUAGGUCCAUAAUAACAGAAUGUUUAUUUAUUUAAGUUUCCAUUUAUAAAAGAAUAUAUGUAUUUCUUAGGUGUCUGGGCUUUUCUAAACCCAUUCAACUGAAUUGACUUUAAAGUUACAUCAAGAAAAAGAAAACACAAAAGCUCAGCUUUUAAUGUUCUCAUGUGGUAACACACUUUACAAUGUUAAAUAAUGUGGUGUGUACAAUAUGAAUAAAGUAAUUGUUUUAAUUUGAAAAAUAAAUGGCCAUUGUGCACAUACUCAAAUUCA